UGCCGGUACACACACGGAAGAAAAAAAAAGGAAUAAUAAUUGAAAACUAGUCAAUGUAGGGAAUACUUCUUCAUGUCUUCCGUCCAUAUUAUAUCAUUAUUUUUAUCAUUUCCACCACCCUAUUCUAAGUACUCUUCCGCCUUUAACAUUGGCCAUUGUUCCCAGAGUCUUCCCUCUUCUUCACCUAUUCAUCCACAUCCGUCAAUCUAGCCAAAUGGUAGUGUAGAGAGAGAAAGGGGGGAAGGGGGAAUAUGGGGAGAGAGAAGGAGAAGAAGGUGGUGGAGAUCUGUGAAGAUGAGGAGAAGAGCGAGAAGAGUACUGAGAGAAGCGUGGGGAGCUGCCGGUCUCCAAGCCGGAAGAAGCCAGCACCAGCCCUGGACCUCAACGAGGAUGUGGUGGCCGAGGGGAGCGAGGAGGGGGAGAUGGAGGGAGGUGGUGAUGAGGAGGAUGAUGGGGGGAGCACGACGGAGGUCGCGGGAGGAGGGAGCUCCAGCAACAACAGCAGUACUAACAAUUGCAGCGACAAGGAUAAGGAGAAUAGUGGUGCAGCCGGAGGGAGCGGCGAGCGAGUGCCCGCCGUGAGGCAGUAUAUCCGCUCCAAAAUGCCAAGGCUUCGGUGGACACCUGAUCUCCACCUAUCCUUCAUCCGCGCCGUGGAGCGGCUCGGCGGGCAAGAGAGAGCAACUCCAAAGUUGGUUCUUCAGAUGAUGAAUGUGAGGGGACUCAGUAUUGCCCAUGUAAAGAGCCACUUGCAGAUGUACCGAAGCAAGAAGCUAGAUGAUACUGGGCGAGAAAAGUCAGCCAUCUCUUCAGUAAUUUCACCGAUGGACAUGCAUCUGAGAGGAGGAGGUCGCCUUCAUGAGAUGUUCUACCAAAGAACUGGUGCACACCAGUCCUUUAGAAUGGAGAGUGGAGGCUUCUUCCCAUCCAGGGGCAUCCAUGACGAUGACCGGCUUUACGGCCUUCUUCAUCGCCUGCAGCCCCAACAGUUGUCUGAUCUCAGGAGCUGCAACUUUGGGCAUCAAGAAUGGGCUUUCAACCAGCAAGUGUUAGCGAGAGCUAGCUCCAUGAAGAAUCACAGUCCAGCAAAGGGUUUGAUACAUGAUAUGAUCUUUGGGAAGGAUGGGAAGCCGUCCACAUCUCAUCGGUUUGACGAGAGGGACACCAUUACUGGAAACGGGAACACGAGACCCUCACACGAAUACCUUGAGGAAAGAACGUGGCUUCCUCGGGAAAUGGUGGGUAACCAAAGACUCGAAUGCAAUGGGCUCGGAAGCUUUAGCUUGAUCAGUAGCAGCUCAAGUCCCCUUUCCAAGGCUGUAACUACGAACCCAAUCUCCACUGAUUCUUCUUUGGGAUGGAAGGGGAGCAGCAAUUACUACUAUAACAACAACAAGAAGACCCAGCCUAACUCUCAUGAUCCAGUUGUCAUCAAUGACAGCCUCGAGCCUCGAUUUGAAAACCAAUUCCAACUUGCGCUGCAGAAGCAUCGGGUGGGUAAGCCCAUGACCAAAUUUGAAGAGAUGUUCGCAAAGAGAGAGACCCAUGACGCAGAGGUGAAGAGGAUGAGAAUGACGAUGGAGAGCGAUUGGACUCCCAACUUGCAGUUAAGCUUGAGACCAAAUUUUGCAAAUGAUGAGGGUACUAGCAAGAAGGGCAUCGAAGCUGACGAGCAAGUCGAUAGCAUGCUCUCACUUUCACUUUCUUCCCCUAUUUCCAUGCAACAAGAAGAAACCGCCAAGCCUGGAAUCCUGUUCCUACAAAAAAUUAGCAGCAACAAGGCCGCUCGGGGGCUGAGUACUUUAGAUCUGACCAUGUCGAUUAAGGCAUUGGAGUGAGAUCUUUCAAGUACUUGUCUCAAGGCCUUUUAAUAUUCAUAGUUAUGCUGCCUACGAAUAAGGUUUAGCUCAUGAUUCCUUCAAGUCUUGAAUUUUUGGUAAUGGUAGCUCUGGAUUCUACGUGUUCGAGUGCUAUGAUAUCUGAAAUUGAUUUGCUGUCAUCUGGAUUAUUGGGGAAACCAUUUAAGAUAUCGAUAAACAUAGUGAGUUAGUCUUGUUCUUGCA